CUUUGACCUGUGGUCGAUAGAUGGCACCUAUUGCUACAUUUUCUUCUUCGACGGCCAUGCCCUCAGGUGUCUGUGUCUCGAAACAUAAUUAAAAAACACGCAACCGAUUUCGAACCACCCUGCACGAAAAAAAGUCACUCAAAUGAGUGCCCGUGAGUGGGGGGGGGUCGUGUUUCAGACUUUAGCCGCCCUAUCCGCAGAAAUGAGUGACUUUUGAUAGAAAUGUGCGAAAGAGAUAGCAAACUCACCAACUUCGAUUGUCAAAUAUGAUUCAAUCUAUGGCGAGGGGUCAGAUGUAGGGUGAGGGGCGUAGAGAAACGUCUGCCAUAUUUAAAUUUGACACGAAGAGCGAGCCAAAACAACAACAAGAAGCGCGAAACGUAACGAAAUUCUGCGAAAUACAUACAAUAGAAAAAAACGUGGUAUCGGUCGAUGUGUUGCUAACAUCACACUAGAUAAACGAAAGAAAUACAAAUCGAUUGUGUUUAUACGCUAGACGGACCAGUCACUUAUUUUGCUUAACUUGUGCUAAUUAACAUUUAUUUUGUUUUAGGUUAACGAUAAAUCAUGGAAAAAGCUAAACGAGCAAAGAUCAGCCAACUCAAAUACCGAAUGGGUAAAACGAUAUGGUCUGAAAUGGAAAAGGAAUGGGAGUCAGAAAACAACUCUGCAACAGUGACAAGCCAGGAAAUUCAAGAAUUCGGCCAACCCAUUGCUCAACCUGCCAUGGAAGUCCUCCCAAUAGAAGAACCACCGAUGGAUGUAUCGGAAGAUGAUGAGGAGGAAAACAUUCCAAAUUUCAUGCCAGACGAGAGCGGCGAUGAAGAUCAGGAUGAGUAUAGUGAUGACGACAGAGCCCACAAAAAUCAAAUCUUUGUCCAUGAAUUGCGAUUGUGGGCUCUAAAGCAUAAAGUCCCGCAUAUUGUUUUAAAUGAUUUAUUACAAACCUUACGCAAAACCACUAAUUUUUACCUUCCAAAAAAUUCCAGGACAUUUUUGAAGACUCCAGUAGGCGUAGGAAAGGAAAUAGCGUCUGUAGCAGGUGGGCAACUGUGGUAUCAAGGAAUUGAAAAUGCUCUUCAACAAUUCCUUCGAGUAAUGCCGCAGAGUAUCGAUUCGUUGGUAUUAAAUUUGUCAAUGGAUGGUCUACCAUUACAUAAUAGCGGAGCUACAGAAUUUUGGCCUAUUCUAAUGCAACUAUACGCAAUGCAACUAUACCAGAUGUUCCAAUAA